CUUCCUUCCCUUUCCUUUUGUCUUGUUUACAUUUUUCGAGUGAGAAAAGAUCAGAAAAAUGGCUUACAAUCUUCAAUCCCUCAUCACCAUCCUCGAACAAACACGCUGGAUUCUUGGACCUGAGAAACCACAACUCCAAUCCCUCAUCACCAUCCUCGAAGGAAUUCUGGAUCCCAAACAAAAUCCACCACUCACCAAAAUACCACGCUGGAUUCUUGGACGCAACCAUCAUAGACUAUGUCAAUCAUCAUCAUCUUCUUCUUCUAAUCCCUCCUCGAAACCACAACUCCAAUCCCUCCUCGAAAAAGCUUCUUCCCUGCAGCAGAUUCUUGAAAAAACUCCACUCACCAAAAUUCCAAGUUUGGAGAGCCGAAUCAGAGAUGUAGCAAAUGAAGCAGAAGAUAUCAUUGAAUCUCACAUGGUUGAGCGAAUGCUUUCGAUUCCUAAAAGAGUGAACUCCAUUCUUCAACUGACACCAGAUGUGCUGCUAGUGACACAAAAACUUGAUUCUGUAAUCGAACAAGUCGUGAAGCUCGUGGAGGUGGAGACAAACAUGAAGCCAACCGGCAGCUCAUGGAGUGGUGCUUCUUUCUCGAGUUCCAAGAGCGUCUUGGUGGGAGUUGAUGAAGAUCUGAAGCAGUUGCAGGAUCGGCUGAUCGGGAUGCAGAGCAAGCUGGAGAUCCUGCCCAUCGUGGGUAUGGGUGGUAUAGGUAAAACCACUCUUGCUCGAAAACUUUAUCAAGAUCCACUCAUUGUUGACCACUUUAGCUAUCUUGCUUGGACCACAAUUUCACAAGAUUACAAUAUGCGCUCAAUUCUAUUAAGCCUUCUUCGUUUCAUUAUUGGAAAAGAAGAAUGUGACAAACAUAAUGGAAAGGGAGAUGGUGAGUUGAAAGAUAUCUUGUAUAGGAGCUUGUAUGGUAGAAGAUACAUGAUUGUAUUAGAUGAUAUUUGGAGCACCACAUUCUGGGAUGAGAUAAGGAGGUACUUCCCGGACAACAAUAACAGGAGUCGGAUUGUGAUCACCACUAGGGAAUCGGAUGUCGCCAAAUAUGCAGACUCCAAGAGUCUGCUUCAUCAGGUGCAGUUGCUGAACGAGCCUCAAAGUUGGGAUCUUCUUAGCCAAAUUGUGUUUGGAGAAGAGGAUUGGCCUCAUGAGUUACAAGGGAUAGGAGAGAAGAUUGCGAGUGAUUGCGGUGGGCUUCCUCUGGCUAUCAAUGUGAUUGGAGGGCUGUUGUCAAAAGUGGAAAGAUUGAAAGAUGUUUGGGAGAAUAUUGGGAACGGCGUAAGAGCUGCAAUUGGUGAAUCAGACAAGCAGUUCUCCAAUAUACUAUCCUUAAGUUAUAACCAUUUGCCGCUUCACUUGAAACCAUGUUUCCUCUAUAUGGCAGCAUUCCCCGAAAAUUAUGAGAUGAAGGCCUCAGGACUUAUAAGGAUGUGGGUAGCAGAAGGAUUUGUGAAAUCGAAUGGAGAUAAAAGUUUGGAGGAAGAGGCAGAGGAUUAUUUAAAGUCACUUGUAGAAAGGAAUCUAGUUUCGGCUACAAGGUAUCAUUGGUAUGGAAAAGCAAAGAGGUACAACAUGCAUGAUCUCUUGAGAGAUUUAUGCAUUAGGAAAGCUGAUGAUGAGAAGUUUCUACAUGUCAUGAAUUCUCCUGAGGUCAGAUUCUCUAACCAGCUGCGCCGUGUGAGUAUUCACACAUCAUAUGUAUUGGAAGAUGAUGAGUAUGCUUCUUCAUCAGAGAUGUCACUUGUUCGAUCAUUUCUACUCUUUGUCAAGUUGGAUCGGAUUCUAUCUCCCAUGGUUUUCACAUCAAGCUUGCUUAGGGUGUUGGAUUUAUUGAAAAUGAAUAAGUAUGAUGAGAUUGAGUUCCCGGAAGAAAUAUUACAACUUGUGAACUUACGCUACUUAUCUAUCAUUUGCAAGUCAUUGCCAAGAAAUGGAAUAUCAAGAUUGUGUAAUUUGCAAACCUUGAUUGCUAAUCUAUGCUCCUAUAGCUAUUGCCCAGCUGAGUUGUGGGAGAUGUCUGAGUUAAGACAUCUCAUCAUAUUGGGUGCAUAUCUCAGGAUAGAAGAUGAUUACAUGAAAAAAAUUGUUCUGAAGAAGCUGCAGACGAUACGGCGUGUGGAGCUAAGUCCGUCAGUGAUUAGAAGGGGUUUCUUGGAAAGCAUUCCAAAUAUAAAAAGCUUGCAAAUCGGUUAUGAGGUUAAAGGCUCAUGGAAGAGUGAAGUAGUUGAUCUGAGUCAUCUUCACAAACUCCAAACAUUAAGCUGGAGUUCAAUGUACUGGCAAUAUCUGCACGCACUCAAAUUUCCAUCUAGUCUUAGAGAAUUAAGUCUGGGUUUUUGUGUAAUAACUCCUGCAGCGACGACGGCUCUGUGUGCACUACCGAAUCUGGAAGUGCUCAAGAUGCGCACAUGUACCUUCAAAAGCAAUGAGACAGAACAAGAAGCAUAUCGUGAAGAGUGGGAAAUAGCAGAAGGAGAUGAAUUCAGCUCAUUACAGUUUCUACUACUCAAAGAAUGUUUUAGUCUGGUGCGUUGGAGAGCUGAUGAAAACAACUUCCCUAGACUCCGCCAUCUCUUUAUACGAUAUUGUGUUGUGCUGGAGGAAAUCCCCGCCGGCAUUGGAGAAAUCCCAACCCUCCAAUUAAUCCACUUAGAAAGGUGCAGAGGUUCAGCAGUGGCCUCAGCGAAACAGAUUCAGGAGGAGCAGCAAUCUGAAUACGAGAACUACGACCUCCAACUUCGUAUCAUCCCAUCAUAUGAUGAUUAGCACAGAAAGAGGAAGAGAAAAGAAAGGAAGAAGAAGACGACUCAAAGUGGCCAUAUUUGAAACUCAUUUGAUUUCUCCUCUCUUCUUGUCUUGUCUACCAUUGCUUCACAAUUUGCUUUGUUUUUCACUUUUGAUGCUUUUCUUAUGCCUUUUUUUUUCCCUCUUUUGUUUGGUGCUUAGUUUUAGAAGAGCAACUCCUUUACCCUUUUAGUGUUUUUUACUGGCUUUUUUGUCUUGGGACUUUUAAUGAGACUUGAACCUUUAAUUG